AGGAGGACGUGCUGAGAGUAGAGGGGAGCUCUUGCUCACCUUACGCCACUGGCCAGGCUUAUAAGUGGUAAUUUGGUCGAAGAGAGGCUGUUCAAAAAAGGUAUUCAACGUUUGAUUCAAGAAGUGGCUGCUCAGGGAGAUGAUUGUUCAACAGACUUUUUAACUCAGGUUCUUUGCUCUGAGUGCGGAAAAGAGGAUUCCAGAAAGUUUACAGAAGAGACACUAUCUGAGAUAAGAAAUGACAUAGAUUCAGAGUUGUGUGAUUCAAGAAAUAUGAUGGUUCCUUCACAGUGAGAACAGCUGGCUAGCUUUGUGGAUCAGGAGUUAAAAGCUGCAAAUAUAAAAUGGGAAUAUCAGCAUGCCAAGGAGGUGGAAAAGGCAGAAGAAAAAUUUCAGCAGGAAGUGAAAGAGGGACUCUUAACGUAUACCAGACAAGAUGCUUAUAACACAGAAUUUGUCUGUGAAGGACCAGAUGGAGAAAUAGAAAUAAUGCCUCUUUGGACUCCCCCUGUUGUACCUGAGAAUCAUGAUGAUGUCUACAUUGAUUCUGUUACGUGUCUGAUGUAUACUACCCCGAUUCCAGAGUCUAAGCUGCCACCUCUGUUUGUUAGGAAGGCACGUAAGCGGCAGAGAGCAGAUCUGUCAUUUAGCUUCAGGUGAGAGAAAGAAGCAUUGCCAUAGAAGGAUGGUUGUUCCUCCACCUUCACUUUUCGAUCAAGUGACUCCAAGAAUAUUGAAAACACGACAGAGGAGCAAAGCUCAGAAGACCCUCCCCUGGGUAAAACAGAAAACGUAUUUUGCGAGACCUUUGUCAGCUCUCAUCAAGUCAGCUGCUGACACUGGGCAAGAUAGUCCUGCGUGGCUAAUUGCUGAAGACUUGGCACUGUUAAAAGCGGUGAAACAGUUACAGACACUCCCUUUAAACCUUGCUAUUGUGUCACCAGCACAGACAGCAAACUGGGACUUUGUCAGCGAUGUCGUUAACUCUUGUAACUAUGUUUACCGCUCCCCAAAGCAAUGCCAAAAUCGUUACAUAACAGCAUUUGCAGGUCCCGAAGGAAAGGCGUUGACUGAAGAACAAACAGCUCUACAGCUGCAGGAGCAACAGCCUAGUCAGAAGCAAGAAGAGGAACAAACAGUGGAGCAAAUCCAAACCCGGUGUCAACCACAGGGGGAAACACAGGCUUCAGGAGGUACACUCUCUCCAGUCAUAGCUGUAUUACAGCAAGUGUCCGUGGUACCCGCCAUUCCAGCACAGCUGGAGCCCCCACCCCCGGCCAGUUUGUUGAAGCAGAAGCAUUUGCCAGCAUCAGUUGUAACCAUCACUCUGAUGACAACUGCGCAGAUGCUUUUGAUGACUCCACUGAUAUCAGACUUAGUCACAAGAAGUUCCAGGAACCAAGUCCUGAUCCUCAGACCACAGUGACUUCUGUGGCACAGAUGAAGUCAGUAUAGAAGUUACCCUGAUGGCAGACUGCGGGCGUAUGUCAACCUCUGGAAAGCAAAGCUUACGUACAGCCUGGGUUCGGCGUACACGACACCUUCGGCAGCGGAUGUUAAAAGUGGUGAAACGUCUGCUUUGUACAUGAGAACUGAAUGUCAUUAUUGGGCAGGUGGAAGUUAUAUUUUCUUUAUUGCUAAACUAUUCCCCAGGUUUUUUGGGCAGUAUUUUAUUGUAAUCAAGAGGAGCACUAGGUUACUUUUUUUUCCCCUCCCUUCUGCAUUUCUCCCCUUGCAUCGUACGACGAUUUUAUUGCCCGUGCAGUGUAUAGUUCGUCCUGUAAGUAGGCAAGUUUUCUUUGUGGAUUUUUACACUAAAUCUUGAAGAAAAUUGUCGGCGCUGUUACCCGCCCAGACAGAAAUUACUCUUGGACCGCAUCUGCGCUACAAUAAAAGUUAAUUUUCCGUCCUG